AGCAAAGCAAACAUAUUGAACACUCACGAAUUCAUUAUCUGAGUGAAAAAAGUAAUCGCUCUCAACAUAUCUAGCACGCAAAUUCAUUUUGUCAUUGGAGUUCACGAACGAAAUUGAAUGAUUUGGGCCAGCUAAUCCGAAACAAGAAUUAUUUAACAUUAUUAUGAUGUUACUAGUCUUCAUUUCAUUCUGGAUCCUUUGCGUACAACUGUGUCAAUGUUUUUCUGAAGCAGAUCAUAAUGACAAGAGAAUAUACAAUGUGGUCGACGGUGGUGGUUCAGUGCAUCAUCAGAACUGGAAGCGUCAUGUGAUGAUGGACUCCAAUGGCUUAUAUUGGCUUCAGUGGUGGAUAAAUCUAAACGAGAAAGCUAUUAACUUUGAAGUUAACGUUAACACCCGUGGUUUUAUUGGACUCGGGUUCUCAAAAGAUGGACAAAUGUCAAGAGCGGACAUAGUGCUAUUGUGGGUUGAUGAUCGCACAGGCCAAGCAAAUGCUUUAGACUGUCAUGGAUCAAUUUAUUCUCCAAACGGAGCUCCAGUGCAAGAUGAUACCCAAAAUUACCACGUCGUCAGUGGUUAUCAAAAUGCUACUCAUACCCAUGUUCGAUUCUCUCGUAAAAUAGACACAUGCGAUCCAUAUGAUAUGCCAUUAACCGGCGAUACUUUUAAAGUUAUUUGGUCUUUUGGUGAUACUGACCCGGUUUAUGGCAGCUUAAAAGGACAUGGUCGCAAUCGAGGCGAAAAAUCAUUGCAUUUACUUUCUCCGAUGUUCCAAAAACAUAGCGUCCUCACAUACGGAGCAACAGCGGAAAACUCAUCGUCAAACAAAUGGGACGUAAUAGUAAAUAAUGUAACGAUCGAACCAUCAAUGGACACUCUAUACUGGUGUAAAAUUGUGCGACUCCCCAAGCUAACUGACAAACAACAUAUUAUUGGCUUUGAAGCUCUUUUGUCUCGUUCUGGGUUAGAGCAUAAAAAUAUUGUUCAUCAGAUGACACUAUUUGAAUGUCAAACGAAAUUCUAUCCUGGAUCGGAUCCGGCCUCUUGGGAUGUUUGGGUGAGAAGUUCUGGGACAGUGUGCAACAGUAAUCUAUUGACACCACGGGAUUGGGAUUCUUGCUCGACGCCAGUUGCAGUUUGGUCCACUGGUGGAUCCACAGGACAGUUUUUACCUUCUCAUGUCGGCAUACCAAUGGGAGGCUCAUUGGGUGUGAAGUAUUACAUGCUAGAAAUACAUUAUGACAAUCCUAACGGAAAAAAAUCCGUAGAUAAUUCCGGGUUUCGUAUACAUUAUACGAACCAUCUGCGACCAAACGAUGCCGGCAUAAUGAUCAGCGGCAUUUCUAUAUCCGACACUCAACUAAUUCCACCUGGACAGAAAUUGUAUCGCAGUGUUGGCAUUUGUGGACCUUCAUGUUCUAACGUGAUGUUUCCUAAGAAUGGCAUUAAAAUUAUAUCUGGAAUGAUUCAUUCGCAUCAGGCCGGUCGGAAAAUGAGCCUUCGUCAUGUUCGGGAUGGAAAAGAAUUAAGCCGCAUUAUAGAGGAUGAUAACUACGAUUACAGAUAUCAGCAAGUUCAUCAACUAGCCAAUGAAACAGUCGUACUGCCUGGAGACUACAUUAUCACGGACUGUGCUUAUGAGACAAUCCAGCGGAAACGCCCCACAUUUGGAGGUUACUCAACGAAACAAGAAAUGUGUCUUUCCUUCAUUACUUAUUAUCCGAAGAUUGAGUUGGCUGGUUGUUAUAGUAUGACGCCAGUUCGAGAAUUUUUCGAGAUGUUUGGUGUUUCCCAGUUCUAUUCUCUAAACAUGACGGACGUUGAAAAUUUAUUCCUUUACAAUGGGAAUUUCUUAGAUUAUAUACCCAAAAGAGCUUCCCUGAAAACCAGGAAAAAUCACUCAAAUAUGACCGUCGAGGAUCUCUUGUUCGAAGAGUCUUUGUUGAACAAACUGGUUAUAUCUGAUCCUGUUGAGUUUCAUGAUCGCACAUUUCUGUCCCAUUUAAAUCAAUUACCAUGGUCUGAGCCACUUUUUACUAAACGCGUCGAACAAGAACUUAUAACUGGUAAACAUAUGACUUUUUGUCGUGUUUCUAACGAUUCCAUAUCAAUUCCAUCGGAAAUUAUACGUUUUCCCAACUUUACUACAUUUGUUAAGCCAGCUAGUACUUGUCUAAAUCACCUUUUCCAUAAUAACGCUGAAAUAAGUUCCAAUGGCUCGAGGCUGCUUGCCGAUCUAACAUUAAGUCUGAUCCUUACAGGAAUUGGCUUACGACACACAUGACUCUUAUUUAUGUUUAUAAAAUAAUAGUAAUUGUAUACCCUCAUACAACAUUAUAACAUUUAUCAGAGCCAAUCCCCCAAAAUGAGAAAAAUGGUUAAAAAGUGACUUAUUUUUCUGCGGCUGGGUGGCGGUGGUUCUACGAGAAAUCGGCGAACCCUAUCAUAAGUAUACCAUGUGUUUGUCGAAUCGUCUUCAUCUACAAAUUAAUGACAAUUAAAUAGAUGAUUACUUUUAGUUUUGACAUUGAAA